CUAAUAGGUGGUUUACGAUAAAAAGUUUUUUUGUUUUAUGUGUUAAGCAGAUAUGCUUUUGCCUCACUAGUGGUUGGCCGCAUUCAUGUAGAAUCCCUCACUCAAUUUAGCAUCCCGAAUUCAGUCAGCUUGGUAUAAAGGCGGCGCGGAGAGGCGAACACUGAUUCUUCUAUACAGAUGCCUCCAUACAUCCAGUGAAUGAAAAAAGAUUUAACAUUGUGAAGCGACGUCAGCUGUGAGCCAUAUGUGAGUAUUCGAAUAACCGUAGUAAUGGUAUUCCACCAAGUAAGAGCUAAACUUUGCGAAACCAGUACCAGAUUUGGUAAUCAACACAGAUGUGAUAUUCAAGAACUACAUUUAGCACAGAACUCCAGAAAAAAAAAAAAACCUACAAUUGCUCAAUGAUAUCUUCGAAUGUGACUAGGACAUAGCCUGCGAACAAGCUUUUGAAUUUGUUCGUCAAAGUUUAUCGAUUUGCUAUGGUUUCUGGCGGAAAGAAACAAUGAUCGGCUAACCGUUUUCAAAAAACCCGGGCUUAGAAUUGCACGAACGAUGAAAUAAACAAGAUCUACUGUUAGAGCUUAAGUUGUACCUGAAUAGGUGUACAGAUAGGCAUUUCACAAAGAUAAACGUGUGCCUAUUAUUCAAAUAGGUUUCUUAAUCAGUAAUGAUGAGAUCGUGUUGAGUUUCUUAGCAUCGAAAAUUCUACAAAUGCAACUAUUUGAUUACGCGCACGCACUAGUACAUGUCAUGUUAUAAGUUUUAUGCUUGAUUGGGUCGAUCUGUCGUCUCAUGCAAAAAAAAGAAGAAGCUUUAAUUCGUUUUAGUGAACCAAAAUAUGUUCUAUAUAUAAAUUAUAUCGCAGACAGCAUCACGGUGCUACGUAGCGUGACCUCCCUAAGAAGCCAGGCGUUUUCGACUAAAAAUGAAAGCCGAAUGCGUGUCCUGCUGUAUGUACUUUGAUCACUGGAAAUCUUAACUUUGAAUAGAGUACUCUAACUCUAAGCAGUGCAAAGCGGAUCCUGCAAAACUUACAUGUCUGCAUCAUACAAGCAGACGAUUUACAAAUACGAACCACGACAACUUGGAGAAAAUGCUAUUAUUGACUGAAGUUAGUAGUAAGUCUGUCAACGUAGUCAAAAAGUAGUCUGUCAACGUUUUUAUCAUAUUCCAAUAUCAGCAUUUCCGCACUUUUAGGAAUGUUCACUGUUAAUUUUGUACUCAAUAUAUGUAUCUUCUAUAGAACCUAUAGCCUCCUUGUAGCCAGUGCAAACAUACCUGAAGGCAAAAUCAAUUUCGUAGGAUUAGAUUUUUUCUAUGAAUUUUUUGGAGAUUAGCCAUUUUGCCAAAAAAAAAAAAAAAAAAAACUAAUUAGUCGAAGUAGCGCAUCUUUCGCUCUGUCUGUAUGUUGCAAAAUGAUAAUCAAUACGAACGUCACUGUUUCUUUGGCGACUCCUAUAACAAACUAUAGCUUACCUGGUCUUUUUCUGCUUAAUCUGCUUGACUAGGAUAAUCAGUUUGGGUACAGAACCAAGUGGAACGUCCGCCGUCAUACUUUGUCUCUUUCAGUCGAUAUUUUACCUAGGCAGUGUUAAGGCACUAUUGUCGUCAACUCGGGUGUAAAGAGAGGUACUACUUUUUUAAGUGAGUGCCCCUCUACUAAUAUUGACAAUCGUAGUCCUGUCGUACAGCCAGCUGUUGAUCUACAGUAGCGAUUCGUUUUCAACUUUUGUCCGGACAUUAAGACGCACGCGGAAAAGCUGACUAAUCCAUCAGAGCACUGGUCAAACAGAAUGAGACAAAUCCUACUGAGUGUCCUGCUUAUUGCUAUCGAAAGGUGUUACGGUCUACUUGAGCUGCAAGAUAAACUUUUCAUAAAUCUAACAGAUGCGGCAGUAUACAACAAGCGAACACGUCCAUCGUACAUCAUAGGCAUUCCACUUCUCGUGCGUCUCAAUGUCGUCAUUCACCGGAUGGACGGAAUUGACGACGUGCACACGGAGUAUGAAGCGGACGUCGAGUUCACGCUCCGGUGGCGCGACGAUCGUCUUGAGUACGAUUCUCAACUCCUGCUUAACUUUCCCAUUCAAGGAGAUCACUGGCAUGCUAAUCAGAUCUGGCUGCCGAAUUUGCACGUGGCAAACGAUAAACAGUACACGUCUAUCAUUGACCUUUCGCCAGGCAGCGUGCACGUGCUUAUCAGGUCGAACGGUAAAACUUGCGUUGUUUUUAUACGGAUCACAAACAAACAUUAUUGUUACCAAGUAAAGUAUCGUCUUUGGCAAAACAUACUGCGUAAACAUGUCUUUCAUUGUACGUGUUUGGCCUUGCUUUUUGCAGGCGAGGUAGUGCUCUCGAAACGAGCUCAUCUGAAGCUCCGUUGCGAAAUGGAGCUCUACAAGUACCCACUUGACAAGCAAACAUGCGGGAUGACGAUUGAAAGCAGUUCGUUACCCAUUUCACACCUUCGCAUGCAAUGGUCGAAGCGCCCAGGUCUUUUACUAGCCGACCCUAGUCACGCACGGGGAUUCACAAUUCAGAAUUAUUCCACUUACGAAGCGAUUAACCAUCGGCUUGUGGGUAAUUUCUCUUUGGUGACUUCGGAAUUUGUCCUGUCUCGACAGUUCGGCCCAUUUCUACUGGAUAUCUAUAUUCCAGGAGUGGCAUUCGUCUUUACGUCGUGGCUAUCAUUUUGGAUGGAAGUAACAGCUGCGCCUGCGCGAAUUUCAUUGUCGAUCACCACUAUGCUCACAAUGGUAACCUCAGGCAAGACCAUAAGGGAAAAACUUCCGAAGGUACCAUAUGUGCACGCGCUGGACAUAUGGCUACUCGCUUGCACAGCCUUCAUUUUCUUCGUGCUGUUUGAAUACGCGAUUGUCAACUACAUCUAUAAUCGAGACAAACGGGUCCGGCAGGGAGGCUUACGACGUGUUGAUUCUUGUGUUUCACUCGCUUCAUCCGUCUACCAUAACUCUUCAGAGAAUGGCAAACCAUUAGGUGAGCCGAUUUCCAAAAAGAGAGCUAAACAGAUGGGUUUGGAACCCCUGAACACGACUCAAGUAGGAGGUUCGGCUUCCAGCAACGGGGCUUUGCGUCCGCCACAUUCACCGGCCCGCGGGGCAAGUUCAGGAAGUAUUUUUCAAUUCCCGCCGGAUCUUGAUCCAAUUCAGGUGCCACCCAGCCCUUCGCUUUCAGUACAGUAUUCUCGAGAAAGGGUACAAUCUAUCGUGCGGAUGCCGCUUACAAAUCGGGACAUUGCCAAUUGCAUAGAUCGUCGAUGUCGUCUUGUGUUUCCACUUGGAUUUGCAAUUUUUAACGCCGUUUACUGGACCAUUCUAUGUCGAUGAAAAAAUGCCUGAAGGCAAUUAUUGAGCCGGUCAAAAUGACUUAUAUGUGAAAUAUAAAGGAGCCUUAAGACGGUAUAAUACUUUAUGGAUACGUGAUAGCUAUGGCUAGGUGCUAACAUUACCCUAGGCAUCUGUUAGCUGUGCUUUUUUCAGCAACAAUUUGCAGAGAUGCUCAGCGUACAAGGACUGGUUAAACUUAUACGUUGACAACUAGACCGUUAGGCAUUAUAUUAGAUAUCAACGCUUGAAAAUAUCGACUGUUAGACAGCUUCGUUCAUAUAGAACAUUGUCAUUUCGCCUGUUAGGAAUAAUCAAUUCGUAUUACAACCAGCUAUAAGGCUGAACUUUUGAGGUUGACGACUCAAACCAAGCUCACGGAUAGGACCUAUUUGUAGAUGCCGUUCAUGCUAUUGAGCCAGUCUAGCUUUCUCAUAUUUGGUCCCUGUGAUAGCUUAGUGGGUAACGUACUUGAGCGACACGUUGUGGGGUAGGUCAGAACCCGCGCAUAAACAGACGAUUCGUUUCGUGCUGGGAGCCAGCCAUGUGAUUUGUUGCCUAACGGCAAUACCGGACGUAAAACUCGAGAUGUAAAUGUUUCGAAUAUACAAAAAAAAGGUGCAAACGUACAUUUACAGCCAGCUAAUAUAUAGGUUUUCGCUUUAGAAAAAGUAGGUUUCGUGUCAGAGCGCAUGUUGGCUCAGUUUAUAAUACGCGUUUUUAUUAAUUAUAAAUCUACUUUUCCUAACUGUUAACUUACAUCUGUAGCUUUACUUCUGCAUCCCAUGUGUCUCCAGUAAUAUCAGUUAAUACCGAAUUAGUCAAGUGUGCCUUCUGAACAAGCCAAGAAAUCAGGCUUAUUUGGACUGACUGAGCUCCACUGGCAAACAAUAGUUCUAAAAAGUACCCAGCAACUUAUAAAUAACGCCUUUUUAUAAUAAAUGUUUUAUGUGUCGCAUGUGAAAUUAAGUCGUUACUUUUAUCAGGUAAAUAGGAAUAGAUAUUAUGACAAUACGAUGACAGCUCUACUUCACAGGGCGCUCAACUUUUACAGAAAGUUCAAGUCGCUUAAAGUAUUUCCUUGGGCAGCAAAGUUUCCGACAGUUAUCUAUUCGAAAAUUCCUCGUGAAGCAGAUGGUAAAAAUCGGCAAUGCAAAGGUGAUUAUAGUUGUGACCCUUAGUUUAGAAGUAUUGAGAAUUGAAAUCGAUUUCUGACUAACUAGAAUUAUCUAUCCCCAUGUCUUUUUCAGAAAUUAUCCCACUGUCUUUUGAUUUAGUUUAAUCGGCCUUGCAAAUAUCCUUUCUAUUCUAAUGAAUAAACGAGAUAGAUACACAUAUGUGAAGGAUUAUAGAAUAGUCUCUAGCAUCUAAGAAGGAUAGAUAUUUUCAGUUUUUACGUGUUUUAUUGUAAGUGAAAGCUUAAAUGCGGUAAAAGAUGCUUGUCAUCGGUGUGUAAACUGGAUCUCCGACAUAGAAUUUCGGAACUUUCAGAACCUUUUUUCGUCAAAAUCAAAGUACUAUUCUUUCUCAUAUAUUGCUUUGUUGUAGUUAACAUCUAUCGUAGAUAUGAAUUUAUAUAUAAGUUAAGUUUGUAUUGCUCGCACCUUUUAACAAUGAGCAUAUUUUUGUGUCUCAUGGUUCUGUUCUGGGCCGGUUUAUACGCGCAAUGACACAUACAUUAUAAUUUCGAAUAAACCAAAGGUGGUAUAGGCAAUGAGGCCUAUAACCAGCUUUAAAUAAAAUGAUGUACUUCAUAACAGCUCCAUUUGAAAUCAAUGUAUUCAACUGAACGCCCUGCAAAAGCUCUGAACUUACUUUCUAUUGUAACCUGUAAUCCAUUGAAACCUGUAAUUCAUCGUGUUCAAGGAACAUACGAAUAGAAUGAACUUAACCCUUACUCUGUCC